GUCAAACAAAUGGCUAGCUUCCAACACUCGACACACACACACAUAUAACCACAACAUAGCUCGCAGUUUCACAACAAUGGAGGAAUUCAAAUAUCUGAUUCCCCUUAUUCUCACAUCAAUCCUCUCUCUCAUCUUCUUACUAUGCUCCAUCGUCAAAAGGAAAAAACUGCCCCCAUCACCACUAAAGCUGCCUAUAAUCGGAAAUCUACACCAAGUGGGGUCACUGCCCCACCGCGAUCUCCACUCCCUAGCCCGGAAACACGGCCCCCUGAUGCUUCUUCACUUGGGCAGCGCCCCGGCUCUGAUCGUCUCCUCCGCCGACUCAGCCUGCGAAAUCAUGAGGACUCAUGAUCUCGUCUUCGCCAGCAGGCCCGUCUACAAGGCCUUCCAGAAGCUUCUGUACGGCUGCAAGGAUGUGGCGUCCGCCCCUUACGGCGACCACUGGAGGAGGAUGAAGAGCAUCUUGGUUCUCCAGCUGCUCAGCAACAAAAGGGUUCAGACUUUCCGAUCCAUCCGGGAAGAAGAGACGGCCAUCUUCCUGAAGAAGAUCCAGGAAUCUGCGGGGCCUGUGAAUCUGAGUGAGAUAUUUAAGAAGCUGAAUAACGAUGGGGUGUGUAGGGCAGCCUUUGGCAGGAAGUAUAGUGAGACCGAGAAUGGGAAGAAGUUCCUGCUGCUGCUCUCAGAUUUGAUGGAGUUGCUCGGGAGCAUUGACGUCGGAGAUUUCAUCCCGUGGCUUGCUUGGAUUGGUCGUCUUAAUGGCUUCGAUAGGAAGCUGGAUAGGGUUGCUAAAGGGAUGGAUCAAGUUCUCGAGAGUGUGUUUCAGGAACGCAGUAAUGGAGCUCAUGGAAAGGAUGGAGACAAUUGUUGGUAA